GUCACACCAACCGUGUGCCCAUUAUGCACCUCAGUCGUGAAGUCCUCCUUCCACUUCGGGUUCAACGUCUUUGGUUUCGCCGUUGUUUGUCCGAAGCACGUGUCGUCCACGUUCAGCUUGACGUACGGAUCUAGGACCUGUGAGGCGGGGCGCACGACUGCGUGCCGUGUGGCAUAGUCCGUGGGACGCAGGUCCUGAGCCUCGCAGACCCUCACCUUUAUCAGCCCGUUGAACACCACCAUGAUGUUGUUCCUUGUUCUAGGAUGACAAUAAGACCACAGAUGGUCCACAGAAGUAGACAACUGACUUCAGUGUCGAGCCAUUCCUGGUCCUCACAGUCUUCCCUACCAGUCUGUGGUGGCAGGAGACUGUUGAAAACAGAGGCUCAAACUGCAAACAUCACAGAUGAACUCAGACUCAGUGACAGCUGUGUUAAGCGACUGAAGAAAAUCAGUGAGAAAGAUGAGUUGUUGAGAGUUGUUGUUGAAGGCGGUGGGUGCUCAGGGUUCCAGUACAAGUUUGAACUAGACAAAAACAUUGGGGAAGAUGACAGGGUAUUUACAAAAGAUGGGGUUGGAGUUGCAGUUGACAAGGAGUCAUUAGAUUUCCUGAAGGGAUCCACAAUUGACUAUCAUGAAGAACUGAUCAGAUCUGCAUUUCGUAUCAUCAACAAUCCUAACGCUGACCAUGGCUGUUCAUGUGGAGCUUCAUUCUCGCUCAAACUGGACUGAUAAAAACAGACUGAAGCACAGAUGAUGCUCGUUAAAGUACAUGAUGGUCAUUAAAACUAAUGAAAGUCAUUGCUGCACAAAUUGUAACCUUUUGAAGUAUCUAUUCUGAACUACUCAAGUAUUCAGCAUCCUAGAAGUGAUCAACAAAGAGAGGAUCAGACCUGUGUAUAUUCUGCAUUCAGUGUAAAUUCUUUUUGUUGCUUCACUAUUUUGUUUGUACACUAAGUGUAAAUCAGACUGUGAUGAGAUAUACUAGUACAUGUACAUGUAUAUAUCCAUCAAUCAGCUAAUAAGUUAUGUUUUUGUACAGGCUGGACAUUAAAAACUAUAUACGCAACAAA